UAAGCACCCGGGCUGCGGGGCCCGGUGGCGCGCGGCGGUGCAGGGGGUGCUCGGGCUGGGCGCGGGUCGAGCGCCGCCGGCUCUCGGGUCCGCCGCAUGGAGUCUCCAGCUUCCGCGCGGGGCUACGGCCCCGUCUCGGGCCCCGCCGGGCUCAUCAAGUCGCCCAAGCCCUUGAUGAAGAAGCAGGCGGUGAAGCGGCACCACCACAAGCACAACCUGCGCCACCGCUACGAGUUCCUGGAGACGCUGGGCAAAGGCACGUACGGGAAGGUGAAGAAGGCGCGGGAGAGCUCGGGGCGCCUGGUGGCCAUCAAGCUGAUCCGAAAAGACAGAAUCAAGGAUGAGCAGGAUCUGUUGCACAUCCGGCGGGAGAUCGAGAUCAUGUCGUCGCUCAACCAUCCGCACAUCAUCGCCAUCCAUGAAGUGUUCGAGAACAGCAGCAAGAUAGUGAUCGUCAUGGAAUACGCCAGCCGGGGCGACCUGUACGAUUACAUCAGCGAGCGGCAGCGGCUCAGUGAGCGCGAAGCCCGCCACUUCUUCCGGCAGAUCGUGUCCGCCGUGCACUACUGCCACCAGAAUGGGAUUGUACACCGGGACCUCAAACUGGAGAACAUCCUUCUAGAUGCCAAUGGGAACAUCAAGAUUGCUGAUUUCGGCCUCUCCAACCUCUUCCACCACGGCCAGUUCCUGCAGACGUUCUGCGGGAGCCCCCUGUACGCCUCGCCCGAGAUCAUCAACGGGAAGCCCUACAUGGGCCCCGAGGUGGACAGCUGGUCUCUGGGGGUGCUGCUCUACAUCCUGGUACACGGCACCAUGCCCUUUGAUGGGCAGGACCACAAGACGCUGGUGAAACAGAUCAGCAACGGGGCCUACCGGGAGCCGCCUAAGCCCUCUGAUGCCUGUGGCCUGAUCCGGUGGCUGCUCAUGGUGAACCCCAGCCGCCGCGCCACGCUGGAGGACGUGGUCAGCCACUGGUGGGUCAACUGGGGCUACGCCACCCGCAUCGGGGAGCAGGAGGCUCUGCCGGAAGCAGGGGCCCCGGGCGGCGACUCAGGCCGGGCAUCCAUGACCAGCUGGCUCUGGCGCUCGUCCCGCCCGCUGCUGGAGAACGGGGCCAAGGUGUGCAGCUUCUUCCGGCAGCACGCAGCAGGGGCCGCGGGCCUGGAGCGCCAGCACUCCCUCAAGAAGUCCCGCAAGGAGAACGACAUGGCACAGUCCCUCCAGGCAGCCCCGGCCGCCCCACACCCGGGCAAGGGCGACCUCAAGCAGCCCACCAAGGGCAUUCUCAAGAAGGCCUCGGCCCCCGCGGAGGAGGAGGGGAAGGCGAUGGAGGCGGCCCGGGGGGGCGCCAAGCCAAGCCCCUGCCAGGCCGUGCCCUCGGCCCCCAGGAAGGGCAUCCUGAGGAAAGCUCAGAAGAGGGAGUCCGGCUACUACUCCUCUCCCGAGCCCAGUGAGUCUGGGGAGCCCCUGGACACCGGGGACGUGUUUGCCAGGGGCCCCUCGGUGGAGCAGAAGCCCCCGGCGGACACGGGCCCCCUCCUGCACCGCAAGGGCAUCCUCAAACACAAUGGCAAGUUCUCCCGCACGGCGCUGGACCUCACGGCCAACCCCGCCUUCGGCUCCUUAGACCAACUGGCUUCGGCCCCGCCGCCUCCCCGGGCCGGCCGCCCCUCGGGGGCCGUGAGCGAGGAGAGCAUCCUGUCCUCCGAGUCCUUUGACCAGCUGGACCUGCCCGAGCGGCUCCCCGAGGCCCUUCUGCGGGGCUGCGUGUCCGUGGACGACCUGACGGGCCGAGAGCAGCCGGGCUCCGAGGGCCCCGGAGCCAGGCCACUGAGGCGCUGGCGGCAGGACCCACUCGGGGACAGCUGCUUCUCCCUGAUGGACUGCCAGGAGGUGACACAGGCUUACCGGCAGGCCCUGGGGGUCUGUGCGAAGCUCAGCUGAGAGGGGGCGG